GCGAAGUGCUCAUCUUCAGGAGGAUGUGCAGCUUCUGCAUCCACAUGUCAUAACCAUCGAGCGUUUGGAGCAUUUGCUGCGACGUGCCGGCGAAAUCUUUGGUCCUGCUGUUAUGCAGAACGAGGAUGCACAGACGUCGGCCAGCGAAGUGCAACCUCAGAUUCAAAUUCACCCUCAACCGCAUCCGCAGCCACAGCCUUACAUGCUGCCACCCACAGAGCAACCUUACAACUUUUAUUUACCACUCUUCGACUACGUCGAUCCCAAGCUAGAUGCCAAGAGCAAGCGCAUGGAGAAAAUUGCGCCACCUCCACAUCGAGUGCAGCAGGAACGCAACUACUACGCGGACAAGCCAAAGAAGACGCCCAAGAAAUUCAAUGCGGAUGCCAAGCACAUCAAUAUGAAGUGGCUCAACACCUACGAGAAGGCAAUGGGAGGCAAUGCUCCCAAGGCUGUCUACUUGGAGCAGGACGAACGUAGUCGCAUCAAUUUCGAUGAUUCAUUCUUUGCCGUGGACAUGCACGUGAAGACGCCCGACAAUCAGCCCCACGUCAAUGUGCCUGGAGAGCUCAUGCAGCACGGCGAGCAGCUGCCCGAGGAUGAUCUAAUGGCUGCACCUGCGCAUCAGCUUGCAUACAACUUUAAGCCAACUGGAGCCUAGGACAAGAUCAAGUUCAGAUCAAGUGUUAUUUAAUUGUAGUCAGUUACAUAAAUCCAAAAUAUAUGUAUCUACAUAUUUAUAUGUGUGUGGAGUUAAGUUUCCCAGUGUAAACUGAAAAGAAACAAGAUUAAGUGAAAAGUAAUUAAAGAACGAACUUGAAAU